AUGACAUCUUCUAAAGUGAAAUAUUCCGGAGGUAAAAUAGUCCCCCGUUCGGAUCUCCGGGUGGGGACUACUGAAGAAGGAGGAAAUGUUAAGAGUUGGAGAAGAAUAGCUACUUGGAACGUUAGAACUAUGUUGCAAUGCGGGAAAUUAGAAAACUUGAAAAUAGAAAUGGCAAGAAUGAAGAUAGAUAUCCUUGGCCUGUCAGAAAUGAGAUGGCCAAGAGCUGGAGAUCUAUGGAGUAGAGAAUAUAGGUUGAUACAUACAGGAACAGCGGAUAAUAACCCAGGAUUUGGAGGGGUAGGCAUAAUAAUGAGUAAGGCUAUUGGGAAAAAAGUUAAAGGAUUUGUACAGUACAACGAACGAAUAAUAUUAGUCAAAAUCGAAACGAAACCUAAGGAUACAAUCAUAGUCCAAGCCUACAUGCCUACUUCUAAUAGCAGUGAGAGGGAAUUAGAAGAAGUCUAUGAAGGAAUAGAAAAAGUUAUUGAAAAAGUUAAAGGAGAUGAAAAUCUUAUCAUUAUGGGUGAUUGGAACGCUGUUGUAGGAGAAGAAAGCCUAGGGGACAUAAUAGGAAAUUAUGGCCUAGGAAACCGAAAUGAAAGAGGAGACAGAUUAGAUUAG